CCAUGACGUUUUGCGGCACUGACGGCCGAGAACAAGCAGUUUCCACUAUAAGCCUGCUGUAUUUGCAGCGUGUCGCACGUUUUUCGGAGGGAGGUGACAGAUUAGCGCGACAUCUGUGCGGGGACACGUGCUGGUGUGCGGGACGCUUCCUGCAGGAGAAAUGCGUCUCACCGCGCUCCUCGCCCUGCCCUCUAAGGUGAUCAAGUUACCGCGUGAUUACCGCUUUGGCACCAGCCGACCCUCUACUUUGGCCGCUCAGAAGAAGAACCCUCCCGGGAAGAGAAGAUCUAAGAUAUUUGUGGAGCCCAUUAGUAAAGAUGAGUGGGCGUAUUUCCGGGGCGACACGGUGGAAGUCCUCUUCGGUAAAGACACAGGAAAACAGGGGAAGGUGUCCCAAGUGAUAAGAGCCCGAAACUGGGUGGUGGUGGAGAAUCUGAACACGCAUUAUCGCUAUGUUGGGAAGUCUGGGGAGUACAGAGGGACCCUUGUGCCCAGUGAAGCCCCUCUCCUGUUGAACCAGGUGGCCCUCGUGGAUCCCACCGACAGGAAGCCGACAGAGGUGGAAUGGCGAUACACGGAGGAGGGCGAGCGGGUGAGAGUGUCCUUACGGACCGGACGCAUCAUUCCUAAACCUGUCUUCCAGAGACGAGACGGCAUCAUCCCUGAGCAGUGGAAAGAUGGUCCUAAGGACACCUCUGUAGAAGAUGCUUUGGAGAGGACCUAUGUCCCGUCACUGAAAACCCUCCAGGAGGAAAUCAUGAAUGCAAUGGGCAUCGUAGAGACCAGACGCCACAGGAAAUCCUUCUGGUACUAACGGGUACGGACUACAACCCCAGUCCUCUGAGGCCGGUGAUCUGCCGUUCACGUAUAUUGGGGGUUACGAGCAUUGUCCUGAUGUCCGCACGUCUGGCGGGGAGGGGGACGUUGUCACUUGGACACUUGUAGU